AACGCUGGCUUUUUUUCAGAGCCGUGAAAAUCCCAAAACUUUUGCACUCACCCGACUACCCUACUUGACCCGAACGCCAACCAAGCACGGCACUCACCUGCGCGCGUUCGAAUCACGCCCUCACCGUCUCCGAAUAUGCCCUAGAGCUUUUCGGGCAUUUUUUCUUUCAUUCGGUAGUAGCAAGGGGAUGGGUAGAACAAGAUGACGGCGGGUUUCGAUAAACUGAUCGAUUAUUUGCUGUCGGAAAUCGCUCUUUGCGGUGUGCAAGGAGCUGGCAGUGCAGAUCUUCGUCGCUUCAUAAAAUCCUUUUACGAUCAGUCGCAGACCGAUGAGGCUUCUCCAACUAGCAGUAAACAGGCGUCUGGUCCUCCGCCGGGUGGACUAGGCCGCACCUUCCACGAGCGCGUGUGGGACUGGGUCAGCAAUCACACUGACAUCCGCAUCACUUACAAAAAUGAAGUCAAGCACUAUUCUCUGUCGGAAUUUGAGGCGGCGGAGCUGCAAGUGUCGGGCGCGACGGGCGCGGUGUCGUCAAUCGACGUCGAGCAACUCCCACCUACGCCUAUCAACGGGCCAACACAGCCUACGCAGCCUCUUUUGGCAAUGCGAGAGGCUUUGCGAGAACGUCUUUUGAAGGAAGGACAUAAGUUGGGGAAACCAACAGCUUUGGCCACUCAAGCUCCUACCUCAACGUCGCGUCAAUUCCCUCGUACAAUCCCCGAAGGCACUCCCGUUGCUACUCCUAUCUUUGAUGAACCAGACCCUACAAUCACUACGCCUCGGCUGUAUGCUAGUCAGAACCGGAUCUGGCAGGCUUUGACGGGCCACAGUAUUGACCUCAAGAAAGUACCCAGUAUGGAAUUCGUGUUACUGUCUCUCAUUGCCGCUCGCGGACCAAAUGGGAUAACACAACCGGAUCUCACGCAACUAAGUGGCCAGGAUAAACGUUCGGUUCCGCACAGAACGAAUGAGCUAGCCCGUAAGGGAUAUAUUGUGAAGAAUCCUGUACAAGCAGGCAAAAUCCGCACUAGUCUCUGCGUGCACACCAAGUUCAUUUCUCAGAGUCAUUUCUUAAGUUCAGGCGCAGUGGAGGAUGUCUUCCAGGAGGGCACUUUCCUUCUAUCUGGUUUCGUGCAUCUCCUAUACAGAACGCUGAAGGAUGAUGGCAUUGUUCCGACGCGAGACAUCAGGAAGAAGCUGGGCGUACCGAUGACAACAUGGAACAAGCGUGCCACCCAAGGUGCUCUUAUCCGGUUGGAUCAAACCGGAAUGAUCAAGCGUUUCAGAGUGCGUAAGAAGCACUCUGAAGACUCCUGGGCGACUUGCAUCCAGGUCCUACGAGAGCCACGGGAUGAAGAUGUCAACAACCUCGGGUUUCGGCGGCAGCCCACCACUAUCGACGAAACCGUGGACGAGCUACUUGAUGAGGAUGUCGAUGGCGAUACGUUGAUGAGGGAUCUUGAAGUUGAUAUGCUAGACAACGCUCAUGGCGAAGGUGAUGUCAAUGCUGAACCACGCCACGCUAUUGAAGACUCCGGUCGCAUCCCACCGCAAUGGACCCCGGAUCGUUUCUUUGCCAAUAUCAUCUAUGAUGCCGUGGCGCUUGGCGGAGCAAAUGGUGUGGACGCUAGCAUGUUGCGCGAUCGAAUCAUAGGACCCUUCUGGAGACGCCCGAUAGAGUCAUACGUUACCCGCUUGACUGACGAUUGGGAAAAGACGCAACCUCUUCCUCUCCGGCACCUAGCAAUUAUAAGAGAUUCCCGGAACACCGAAGAGAAGAAGUUCAUACAUUAUGUCUACCGCACAUACGAAAACUUCCAAAAGGCCGUCGAUUUAGGCGAGGUUCACUGGGAAGGUGUUAGCAAGCCCAUUACGAAAGAAACCGGCGCAGCCAAGCAUGGUGGGUCGAAGAAGAAUAACACGAAGGAUGUAGCUCUCAACGCUUGGGGCUUUCCAAACCUCAAUCUGAAAGAUCUUGUCCGAAGCGAUGGCUCAGCAACGCUUUCCGAAGUUCGCUUGGCUAUUGUGCAUCCUCGCAAGUAUGGACCGAGAUGGGACAAUGCACUCACACGGGAAAUUGGCUAUGAAAAGUCUGAGACGCCCAUCACCAAGAAGAAGUUUCCGCGUGCCAAACCGAUAAGACAGAACCAGGGCGAUGGCGAGGGGUCAUCUCAACCCUCUGUUCGGGUGCCGAAGAUCUCCAAAUCAAAGAGAAAGGUCGCCAAUCUCUGCCUCACGUUAGAACAGAGAGUUUUUUUAGGCUUGAAGCCCACUGGUCGACUGAGCAAGAGGGCAGAGAAGCAGAUUCUCGCGCAUCGCCGAAACACCGGGGACCCGGAAUCUUUGCCAGACAAGAUCACAGAAGAACCAGUCCAGCGUGGGCAGCCCCCUCUGAUGACAGCAGAAGAACGGGUAGCACAGGGCUUGCCAGCGAAAGGCCGAUUAGGGCUAGCACGCGAGAACAAAAUCCGAGAAGAGCGCGGACUAGUCAAACUGGCGAAGAAGACAACGACGAAGCGAGAGAAGAAGCCCGUCAAGGAGCCGGCCUUGCUCAGCAAAGAGCAAAGGCUUGCAUUUGGCUGGAAAGGCCAUGGCCGGUUGCCACAGGAUCUUAUAGAUGGUUUACGUCAGGAGCGUGAGGAUGGCAUCUCUUUGGAAGACUCGAAUGUGCUACCGAAGUACAUGGAUAUGAUGAAGGCCAAAGCAGGAACUCUAGCUGCAUCUGAAACUGCUGAUUCUGUCGAAAAUGAAGCUACAAUCCUAGAACAGCCUUCAUCAUCAAUCGGCGAUGUCGGUCAUGACCAAGCCCCAGAGCCUACAGAUGACGAUAUCGAUCGCGCUUCGUCACUCCCAACUGUUCUAGGAAAGCGAGAGGCCCACGAUGAGGAUCCUGUCUCACAGUCUCAGAAGAAGCAACGCACCACAGAUGAGUCGCAGCAGGGAACCCGGACAAGAGUGACACAUCCUGCAGCGCUACUAAAUGAAGCUGCUGCCUCAAUGACAAUACUCAGUGACUCAAGGAGCGGUACCCCAUUAGCUGUGAUGGACGACGAGGACCCCAUGGAGGGUACCACUCCGACUCCAAUAAGAGUAGUAGAGAAUACCCAAGGAACUAGCCAUCCUUCCCACGCUCCGGCGGGUAGUAAGAUGGCUAAAAGUGUCGGGGUGCAGCAAUCGCCUGCUCCACUUGCGAACACACAUGCAAAGACUCUAUUCCCGUUAUCACGCCCUUCGGUCUUAGUUCAACCAGUUGCUUCUAACCUAGAGCCUCAAGCUCGCGCAAAAUUCGAGCAGUAUACGAACCGAUCGGCUUCAGGUCUGUACCUCAACCCUUUCGCUAGGCACAAGUCGCGAGGUCGUCCGAAAAAGGCCUUGAUUGCUACCUUCAAACUGCCACAGCUACUAGAGUAUGAGUGGUUCAAGCAUGACCCGGGUCAUCAGCAAGAUCCAACCCAUACUACUAGUAAGGAAGUCCCCGUGGCGUCUCCCAAGCAUGGGAUCCAGCAGUAUCUGGACAACACGGACCCACGUCCGAUGUUGGGUACUAAAACCUCAUUACAGCCCCAUACAAUGACAUCGCCAACAAGUGGGACCGAUUCUAACAAACUGCAUGCUGGACAGCCAGAUGAUAUCAAUGUUAACCGACAUCCUUCCAUCACCAAUGACUCGACAUUAUCCACGCCUGUCUUGCCGUUCGUUGUCAACGAAGACAAUGCCGAAAAGCAAGUACAGCCUACACCGCGCGCUCUGAAUGCUAGCCCAGAAGCUCAAGCGCUUUCGACUGCAUUGCCAGACGACACGGAAGAAUUGCAGGAGCAGCGAAGGCAAUCCCCAGAAAAUCUACAAUUUUCUUCUGAUCUUGACAAGGAAGUGCACGAUAAGCAUUCGUUGUCUCAACAGCUGCUUGCUGCCGCUACUGGUAACACCGUCGAAGCGUCAGCUGAGCCGCCUGUGCAACAAGUAUUGCCAGUAUCCCAUCCGACAGCCGCAUGGGCCGCCAUCAACGCCUCUACAUCACACAAACCUUCUCCAUAUCGAAGUCCGUACGCACCAAGUUCACGCUCAGAGUCUACUCCACCACCGCAAGUAACAGAGAACGCUACUAGUACCAAUUUUUCAGCUGCUUCCGCCUCUCUACCGCAAACGCCUCUUGGCGAUGAACGUGAAGACAAUUCUUUUCCCGAAGGAGUGUACAGUGCCAUUUUGGAAGUUGAAGCUCCUCCGACCGCAAAGUUAAAGUCUCGUGGCAAGAAAGAUCAAGCGACAGGGGGGAGUGGCCUACUUUUCCGACGCCAGAUAAUUCGAGAGAUUAUUGAUCUAUGCAAGGGCGUCUUUCCAGAUGGUGGUGAAAUUGGACGACCGUUUCAUAAGUUAUGGACGGAGCGACACGGACACAAAGAGAAUGUCAAGGAACCAAUCGCCAGUACCGUAAACACAACGAUGAGAAACAUGUGCACCAAUCCGAAAUUCGGGUUGAAGCGCAUGGUCUUUCUGGUGAAGAAUAAGCACGGGCCAUUCACUACCGAGAGGGCGAUGAUCACAUAUGCGCACUUCACUCCGAGAAGCCCAGAAGUAUUGCAAAUGGCAUAUAAGAUAGCUAACUUCUCUCUCGAAAAGUCACAUCAAUACUUUCCGGACGAAAUAAGCCACCUCGUUGAUGACACCUCUUUAUACUACCCGGUACGAGUCGCGCGUAAGGAUGAAAGCAUCGUACUCAAUCAGCUAAAUCCGGUAAAACCCGAGCUUGAGGCACAAAUCAAACAGGCACAGAAACGACGCCGCAAUGACAUGGCCCGACAGAAGAGGCUGGAAGACAAAGCUCGCAAAGCACAGAAUGCCCAAGUCGAAGAGGCGCCCUCGAAGAAGGGUCCUGAGACUGAUGGCAUUCCUCAUGCCAAACGAGCGAGGCUUGCAAGUUUGAACGAUAAGAACAAGCGAUAUCGUCGGGCGCCAUUGCAAAGUUCCGAUAUUGAUCCCAUCGAUGAAGCCAAAGAGGGACAGGAGAUCGCAAAACCACAUGCUGUAGCGACUCUCCACUCCGAAGUAACUCCGCUUAUCUCGACUCACUCUUGGGUUGCUCCUAUUGUAGGUCGUUAUACCCCAGAUGACGAGGAGGAUGAGUCCUCUGAGCCUGAAGAAUCAGACGAUGAAUCCUCGGACUCGCCGGUGGGUGAGACACAGAAGGAUCCAGCAAAUGGCCAUGACCCAUCGUUUCUCUUGCAGAUACCCGAACAACUUCGUCCCACCAACAAUGCGACCUCGGCUGCUGAGCCAACCAGUAAGGGUACUGUUCAGGCAUCGGUUGUUUCCCAGAAAGGCAAUAAGCGAGUUAGAAUUACAGAUCCUUCUGCAGAGCGAUCUCAGAAAAAAGUUCGUCUCAACACUGCUGAAGCAGCCAUAUCGGGAAAUGCGGACGUCUCAUACGGCUCAAACGCUGGGAGUGAUACUUCUGCACCCUUUGAAACCGAGGAUGACGACGAGGAUGACGAAGAAGAUGUUCGACCCAAAGAGAAGAGGAGGAGAAAGACAUAUGGGAAGCGCCAGACGGGCAAGCCCGGUCCACUUCCUACCUUACUCGAGCGUCUGACUGGUCUCACCGGAGAUCCAAACGACCCAAUCUACCAGCUUCCAACACGAAAGGAGCGGCAGCGAACUACCACUCGGCCGUGGAACGAGAAGAAGAACAAUACCGUCAAUAAAAAGCGAAAAGAGCGGAACUACACAGAGAUUCUGGACCCUGUGGAUAAAUUCAAAAAGCUCUGCUGUACUCUGGUCCUUGCUUCCUCUAUGCCCGGAGAGGAUGGAUCUGUGGACUGGGGCAUCGUCGAGAAGGUCUACAACACCGACAAGUUCUUCGAUAUCACAAGAACAAAGAAACUUUGGACAUGGAUGCAGGUGAAUAUGGACGCGCAGCUCACUGAGUCCACAUCGAUCUUCCAAUCUUCUUUCCUGCAAGCUUACGCGGAUGGCAAAUUCGCAGCUAUCGAGAACCCCGAGACAUAUGACUGGGCGAGCAUUGUACAGUGGGCCAUGCGACAGCACACGUACCCUGAGAUACCCCUUCCGGUCUACCAAGAAGCGCUUCGACAAUUCAGCGUCGACGAAUCGAGUUAUGAGGUUCUGGACCGUCUCACUUGGUACCAAAAGAAGAUCGCGGAUAGGGUGCGAACACAGUUACAGUUGCAUUAUACAUUCGCUGCCCGUCUUCAUCGGUCCCGCCGCUCAGAUUGGUCUCCGAGUGACACAGUGCUGAAGGCUCGGUCAUGGAUACGUGCCAACACAGCGACUCCUCAAGCUCAGUAUAGUGGAAACCAAGCGCAUGACAAGCUCAUGGGUCUAGGUACUCCCGUACUUGCUAGUGUUGUGGGAGAUUACGUCGAGAAGCAGAAUCUCAGGAUGCGACAAAUCAAGCGUCUCUUGCCUGGGCGCAACUAUACCUUCACUAAGGCCUUUGCGAAGAAAUUUGUGCGUCCAUUCGAGCUUAAUGACUUCAUGGCGGCUAUCAAAGUCAAGAAGGACAUGGACGCUGCAUUCGCACACCAAGAUCCGGAAAAGAGAUUCUUCAACAUAUCACGCUGUGAACAAGAUGGUUCGGUCACGGCGAUUUUGAGCAUGGUCAGUGAAGGAAAGGUCAAGCUAGUUCCUCAAUUGCCGCCUGUCAACAACGAAUUUGGCGCCCCACUCCCACGCUUGUCGGUCUGGGGCUUCUGUGAGGGUGACUAUAUCCACCGAGCGAUCGACCGCAACCGCCUGUUUUGGGACACCCAUGUUGUGCCUACAGCAAACUACCAAUUUGGCAGCCCGCUCCAGCCGUUACCACUGCCGCUUGCGCCAGCCGAGACAGACGAAUAUGUGCAGUGGCCAUCGCUGCCUGACCCACCACUUCCGGGAAAACACGAUCCCGAUGCAUUGUUACCCAUCUGGAGCACCCUCGACGGCCAAUCAAUCACAUGGCCUUGGUGGUAUCGCAUUCUGAACCUCGUGUUGCAGCCGCUCAUCUUCCAACCCGGUGCCACGGCAACAGAUAUCUACGCUCAUUGUCCGGAGCAUACUACCGAGAUCUUUGAGAUUGAGUUAGUGCUUAAUUGGCUUGAGUCUAUCAAUGCAGUCAGUAAGAUCAUCGGCGGAGGCUACGUCACAAAGCCUAGUUUCUGGGCUGCAUUCGGCGACAAACUGCUCGAUACGGAAGAGGACUGGUUUGGUGGGCAUGUCAAGCGCAAGGCGAAGAACCACGCGAAGCAACAGUGGCGUGAACAAUACAACCUUAGACAUUCGACGUUGCAGGGGAGGAAUUUAGAGCGUGUCAAUAAUGAUUCUGCGGAGGAAAAUGGAAUGCAAGAGCCAACACACGAUCCGGAAGAAGCAACUCGGGAGCAGAUUCUCAAGAAUCCGAAGCAGCAGUAUAGGAUCAUGCAACAGGCCCUCAAGUCCAGGACGCCGCAAGCAGAGGAUGGUGCAGAUCUUCCGGCUGCUCCAAUUCCCGUACCUCUUCCGGUGCAAUUCGGACAGACUGGCGUAGAAGAGGAAGCGCUGGCAAGUGUUUCGCAAACUCCAGAGGUCGCAUAUACUCCAAUUCAUGACAUGGAUAUAAUUGGUGCAGACGAGGAUGCAAUGGGCGAAGAUAUAGAUGCGGAAGGGGAAGUCGACGAUGGGAUGUAUUAAGUAAGAGCACGAGUCCGAGUUACGGGUUACGAAGGGUGGAAGGCUAGAUGAGAGGCGCUGGGUCCACAAACAUUGAUAUUUUCCAUGCAUAGCGAGGCGCAUAUAGUGGCACGAGACUACAGAUCCAGCGAUACUACGACGCAAGAACAUCAUGUAUAUCAGCGAAGUGUAUUAGUAACGUUUAAUCAUGUCUCGUGCAGUUAUUUUCCCAUCUCAACCUCUGUUGAGGCGCUGAAACUUACAGAGAGUUAAAGUAACAUGGAAAUUGUGAAAGAGAC